UUACUAACUCAAAAGAAGGAGGUCGGUCAAACUAUCAGCAACUACAUUACUACUUUGCUGCGGGAAUCCUUCUGAUAAGUCGUCAUACUUUUAUUUUGCGUAUUUGUGGGACAAAUGCGGAUAAAUGUAGAUUCUGUCUCAGUACUGAGACGUGGUAGGUACCGGCUGGGCAAAUGUCUCAACUGUUAAGCAACGGUUUCCGCUCGUACCGUGUUGUGAUGGGUAGCCGUCGACGCUAGCAGGGCUAGCUAGCUGUAUGGCUUAUGUAGCUGUUAAGAUAAUUAGCUAGCUAUCUGGCAACCCUCCUUCAGCUGCUAUUUGGUAACAGACAAGCUGGCCAUCUCUUCCACAAAGGCCACCUCGCCGAAAAUGUGUGGGAUAUUACAGUAAGGGAGAUCGCCAGAUGGAAAUGUAAUAUUUAUACCCUGUGGAUUACUCAUCAAGUCUUUCAAAGUUAUGGAGUACUUUUCCUCUUAGCAUCAUGCGUGCUGUUAAACCAGACCCCGACUGCUGCAGAGAUUUCAUGUCUUUACAUCUGGAUUCAUCCAGCAGUUUGUAAAGAUCGACACGCACUACUGGAUGUACAGUCUUAUCCUUUCUAAUUGUUCUUUCAAAGUGCUUAUGGUGAAACAUUAUGUGUCUAUGCGGUUUGGACAUGCUCAGAUUCAUAUAAACAUUAGCGUGAUUUCGUGUUAAGAAAGCCCAAAGAAGGAAGUCCAGGACGGGUUUGACUCCCAGAAACUGCCUGUUUCUAAAUAAUCAUGGCCUCGGUAUGGAAGAGACUGCAACGUGUGGGGAAGCAUGCAUCCAAAUUCCAGUUUGUGGCUUCAUAUCAGGAACUUAUGGUGGAAUGCACAAAGAAAUGGCAACCCGACAAGCUGGUGGUGGUUUGGACACGCAGAAGUCGGCGGAAAUCCUCAAAGUCCCACAGCUGGCAGCCUGGCAUCAAAAAUCCCUACAGAGGAGUUGUGGUGUGGCCUGUACCAGAAAAUAUCGAGAUCACAGUCACUCUUUUCAAGGAUCCCCAUGCAGAGGAGUUUGAGGACAAAGAAUGGACAUUUGUCAUUGAAAAUGAGUCUCCAUCAGGGCGGAGGAAGGCGUUGGCCACCAGCAGUAUAAACAUGAAACAAUAUGCCAGUCCGAUGCCCACACAGACAGAUGUCAAACUAAAGUUUAAGCCUCUGUCAAAGAAGGUGGUGUCAGCCACGCUGCAGUUCUCUCUCUCCUGUAUCUUCCUCCGAGAGGGAAAAGCCACUGAUGAAGACAUGCAGAGCCUGGCCAGCCUGAUGAGCAUGAAACAGGCCGACAUCGGCAACCUGGAUGACUUUGAGGAAGAGAACGAGGAGGACGAGGAGAACCGGGUUAACCAAGAGGAGAAGGCUGCCAAGAUCACAGAGAUAGUAAACCAGUUGAAUGCCCUCAGCUGCUUACAUGGGGAUGAUGAUGAUGAUGUUCCAAAGCGAGCACGCAAAGCAACAGCUAAGCCUGCUGCUUCCUCCCAAGAACUGAUUAACAAGCUGAACUUCUUGGAGGACGAAGAUCAGGAAACUGAUCCGGUCAUGAACACUAAUCCCUUCGAUGAGCCUGAUGGCCACCUUCAUCCCAACCACCUCAACCCGUUUGGUGAUCCUGAUGAGGACGAGCCCUCCACCCAGUCGGCCUUUCUGCAGCGAGUUAAUGAUUCCUACUACGACCAGGACUCCUCAAAUCCGUUCAAUGAGCCGGAUGAACCAGAGACACAGUCACCUCCUGGGAACCCCUUCGAUGACCCUGACCAGGACAUGGAUCCCCAGCCAGACCCAGAACCCCCCAAGCCCAGGCAGAGGAAAGGUGUACGGCCUGUCGACAUGAGCAAGUACUUGUAUGCUGACACUUCUCAAAACGAGGAGGAGGAGCUUGACGAAUCCAAUCCGUUCUAUGAGCCAAGGACAUCAAGCCCAGCACAGCCACCCGCCGUUGGCGGUCCCUCUCCUGAUGUUGGCAGUAGCCAGAAGAGGAGGGCUCCACCGCCCCCAAGUACCAGCACUGGCCUCGGCCCCAGUCCACCACCCUCCAAACCCAGCUCUGGCCCAGACAGGGAAAGAACGCAGCCUGUUGGACCCAGCCCGGUGGCUGCAGUGAUAGGGAGAGAGCUGGCCUCCUCUUCCCCCAAGCCCAGCCCGGUCCCAAGCCCAGUUCUCGGAGGGAAACCCAAUGCCAGCCAAUCCCUGCUGGCCUGGUGCCGUGAGGUCACCAAGAACUACCGCGGGGUAAAGAUCACCAACUUCACCACCUCCUGGAGGAACGGUCUGGCCUUCUGUGCUCUCCUGCACCAUUUCAGACCAGACGUAAUAGACUACAAGUCGCUCAAUCCUCAGGAUAUUAAAGAAAACAACAAAAAGGCGUAUGACGGCUUUGCGAGCCUGGGGAUCUCUCGUCUCCUGGAGCCAUCAGACAUGGUGUUGCUGGCCAUUCCCGACAAGCUGACAGUGAUGACCUACCUGUACCAGAUCCGGGCUCAUUUUUCGGGCGAGGAACUCAACGUGGUGCAGAUAGAAGCCAACAGCAGUCGAAGCACCUACAAAGUGGGUGACUUUGAAACCGAUACAAAUGCCUCCAUCGGCCAGGACAAGUUCUAUGCUGAACUGAACGAUGUGCAGCAUCGUCAGGCUAACUCUGAGCUCGUUACAUCUGCUGGGGACGUUCCCACCGAAUCCAACGGCGCCGAAGCUGCAGGGGAGAAUAUGAUGGAGUCCCAUGUAAGAGUAGAUUCGACCAGCUCACCGACAGCAGGGCCUUCGCAAUCCUCGCCUCCCAUUCCAUCACCACGCACAGUAUUAGCCACCGCAGCUACAAACUCAACCCACAUGACGCCGCCAGGCUCAGAGGACAGGGGGAACCUGCUCAAAGCUAAUACUUUAGACCUCAGCGAUUUACCACAGAGAGUGGAGAGAGAGAUGGAGAAGGAAAGACAACAGAAGGAAGAGGGGGGUGAGGAUAGAGGAAAGGAAGGUAUCGAACCAGGGUCCCCAACCAGAAGAGGAACCUCCUCUUCCCACUUGCCACCUCACCAGAAACUGGGCUUCUCCUAUAACAGGGAUGCUGACCUCAUGAAGAAGAAGAGGGCCAUUCUGCGGCACUCUGAGUCAGAGCCCACCACAGACAUCGAAUCUUCUCCAGUCAACCACACAGAUGUCACCACCAAACUGGAGCCAUCACCUGCACCUGCAUCAAGUCCUCCAGCUGAGAAAAAGGCACUCUCUCGUCAAGAGGAGUUGAAGGAGAGAGCCAGACUCCUCCUGGAGCAGGCACGCAAAGACGCCGCCAUGAAAGCAGGCAGCAAGAACGUUCCCAACUCGGCCGUCACUGCACCAAACAGGGCUGCAGGCGUCUGCGAUGAGCGAGAUGCAGAGCGGCGGAGGCAACUGAGAGAGCGAGCCAGGCAGCUGAUAGCUGAGGCUCGGUCCGGAGUCAAGAUGUCUGACAUGAGCCUGCUGGACGCAACUAGUUCUGAGAGAGGCAAAGGCAACAAGGCUGGAGUUGCUGGAGAUGUUUUGGACAGGGUGAAAAGUCAUGACGAAGCUCAUGUUGAUGGCGAAAGGGGUGAGGAUGAGGAAGAGGGUAGGGCUGCGGAACAGCAGUUCCGAUUUGGUGGUGGCAUUGACGAUGACGACGAUGAUGAUGAUUCUGUUGUCGCUGCCACAUCUGCACCUCUGCUGGUUACUAACCUGCUGCCACUGGAGGCCCUUCCAGCCACGUCCAGCACCCGGGGGCACCUGGAGCUUACUAACCCUGGCACUGAUCAAACCUCUCUGGGUACAAACAGUAAACAUGUGGAUCUGAAGCUGAAGAAGCUUGUAGAGGCUGGUCCGAGAGGAGUCACGUCCCCUUCCUCCCCUUCCUCCACCUCCUCCUCAUCCUCACCCUCUGCUUCCUCCACCUCCCCGCUCAGCCCUACAGAACGACUGGAGAAUAAUGCUGAGGAGUUGCGAGCUGAACGCCUGCGAAGAGCCACAGAGAAGCUGCGGAGCCCAGUAGUCUUCAACAAGGACUCUGCAGUCAGAAAAACUCAGCUAAAGUCCUUCAGUCAGUAUGUUGAGAGCAGACCAGAGGUAAAGCGACAGAAGUCUGUACCUGAAGAUCUAAAGAAGGUGGAGGAGGACAGAGGUUCACCAACAGAUGUUUACAUUCACAGACCAUUUGAAGAAGAGAAGGCGUUCAAAGACACCAGUCAGUAUGUGGUUGGGGAGCUGUCUGCGCUGGAGAGCGAGCAGAGGCACAUAGACGCCCGAGCAGCUCGCGUGGAGAAGAGGCUGCGCUAUCUCAUGGACACAGGCAACAACAAGGAGGAAGAGGAGGCCAUGAUGCAGGAGUGGUUCAUGCUGGUCAACAAGAAGAAUGCCCUCAUUAGGAGACAGAAUCAGCUCUCACUGCUGGAGAAAGAGCACGAUCUGGAGAGACGAUUCGAACUGCUGAACAGAGAGCUGAGAGCCAUGCUGGCUAUCGAGGACUGGCAGAAAACCGAGGCCCAGAAGAGACGGGAGCAGCUGCUGCUGGAUGAGCUGGUCAUACUGGUCAACAAACGAGAUGCAUUGGUCAGGGACCUGGAUGCCCAGGAGAAACAGGCCGAGGAGGAGGACGAGCACCUGGAGAGGACGCUGGAGCAGAACAAAGGCAAGAUGGCCAAGAAAGAGGAGAAGUGUGUCCUUCAAUGAUUGUCAGAAAAACACAACCAACAAAUGUAGCCGAUAAAAGAAAUGUAUCAUGAUUAUUAUUCAGAUUUUCUAUUAAAAAUAUUAUUUGAUAGAAGCUUUUAGAAUUUCUGUCAGUCGUUGAAAUCCUGACGCGGUUUAUGUUUGGGGCGGAUUAACUGAGACUUCAACUUUAUACUGACUCUCUGUCCCACUUACAUAUUUUAAAAUGUUAAUUCUGUUUGACUUUACUGAGAACGGUACCUGGAUGUAAUAUAAAUACACUAUAUGAGACGAGAGCAGGUCAAGCCCUGACAAAGAGUUUGAUAUUUGUUUGUAAUGAUGAUGCAGCACAGCCUCUGUCUGAAUGUGUUCGCCAGUCAGUUUGAGGUACAGCACAAUAGGGUUUAAUGAGGGGAAUUUUACCUUUUUAUUCUUUCCUUCAUCAUGUUGAGAAAAUGAUGAAGACCUUUGUUUUUUUUUUAAGGAAAAAAAGAGUGACAUCAGACUUUUCACGCUACUUAAUUACUUGACUGUGUACUUUUAAUUACUUCACUUUUUACUUGUAAAGGAUCUUAACUGCUUUACUGUUCGUAAAUCUUGCAUAAAUCUUUCCUAUUGCUUUUUUUAAAUGGCUUGGCUUGAAAGCAGUUUACCAAAAGAUCACGUUAAAAAAAAAAACACACUGUUGUAUAUUUCAGUCACUGCUCUGACCCAUAGCUUCCCAAAUCCUCCUUUAUACUCAGCAGUCAGAAACAACAAAUAUGUAUAUUAUUUAUUUCCGUUUGUCCUAUAAGCUGCUUGGAACUGAAUCUGCCAUCACAUAUCAUGUGCAUUUUGCUCAACAACUUUUGGUUUCUAUUUAUUGUAUUCAGAAGAGGAUAAAUAUGCUUCCAUAGCAUCUCUUAGAACUCCAGACCUGGUGCAGAUGUCCUUUAUGUGUGAACAUUUAUCUGAUUAUUUAUUCCAGUGUCAUAACCCAAGUCUUCAGUAAUAAAGUCUUUAUGAUUUCAUACACCAUGA